UAGAGGUAUUGACUUAUGCCUGUUUACAACAGCCAACAUCUUCCACCCCACAACGUGAAGAUGUUUAUCCAAGUCGUGGAGUCAGCCCAAGGAGGCUUAUCAAGCAGGCUGCUCUUGAUUCACCUCCCCCUCAUCUGCAAGGGGAUGCUGAUGAGCCCCACACAAGCUUCUACAGAGCUGUGCAUUAUGACAGGAAACCUACCCCAGCUGUGCAAGGAAAGGCAGAAGAUCAUGCUCGCACUCAGAGACAUAGACCAAGGAAAGCUGGAUUAUUCUCAACAGGACCACAGUCACUUGCAGAUUAUCCACGCCGCCCUGGAUCAUGGCAAGUACUCUGCUGUUUUUUCAUACACCAUCCUCAAGUUAAAGAAUG